CUUAAUAUUACGCCAAUAAAAAUAAAGAAACUUGGGGGGAAAAAAUUAGGUGCGGUGGAGGUUGGCUGCUUUCUCAAUCACAUUCUAGGAUUCUCCCAUCUACAAAUCAUUUCAGUGGCGCAAGCAGACGGCUAUUAAAAUUCCUUGCCACUUUUUUUUUUUUUAAAUAUUUUUUUCACAAAACAUUAGUUGGUUGAAUCUCUGAUCCUCCUAUUUAUAAGCAAACGCCGUUGCCAAUGUUUACUCAAAUAUACGCUCAGCACUCGCUUUCCUUUCACCUCUUAUUCCUCGAUUUUUCUUAUUUUUAAGGGGAAUUGAAAUGGAUUCCUCAGCUCUUCACGAGGAGAUCGACUCGUUCUUCGAUUCAGCUCCUCCACUCAAAGAUUGCGCUAAAAUCACUGACAAAUUGAAUCAAUUCAUCGAAUUAAAUUCUCCAUCAUCAGGAGAAGGAAAAAGGAGGAGCGUUGUGUGCGUGACAUCUGGUGGAACUACGGUUCCUCUAGAGCAGCGGUGUGUUCGAUACAUUGACAAUUUUAGUUCAGGGAACAGAGGAGCGGCUUCCACAGAGUAUUUUAUAAAGGCUGGAUACGCGGUUAUAUUUUUGUAUAGAAGGGGAACCUGCCAGCCAUAUUGCGGGUCCCUUCCUGAAGAUCCUUUGCUGGAAUGUUUUGAGUUCGUUGAUGAUUUUGAUAUUCAAGUGCGGCAACCACAUUCUGAAGCAGUGAAGGGGGCCAUUAGGGAUCAUCAUGCUGCUGUAGCAGGUGGUCUCCUUUUGAAACUACCCUUUACAACCAUAUUUGAGUAUCUUCAGAUGUUAAGGAUCAUUGCAUUAUCAAUGAGAAGCCUUGGGCCUUGUGCAAUGUUUUAUCUGGCUGCUGCGGUUUCCGACUUUUAUGUUCCAUGGAAGGGCAUGGCAGAACACAAGAUUCAGUCAGCAUCUGGUCCUUUGGACAUGCGACUUAUGCAAGUGCCAAAGAUGCUCUCAGUGCUGAGGACGGAAUGGACUCCCAAGGCUUUCUGCAUAUCUUUCAAGCUUGAGACAGAUUCAAAGAUUCUCCUAGAGAAGGCCAGUAUGGCUCUUAAAAAGUACAAAAUGCAUGCAGUUGUGGCCAAUGAGCUGUUGACCCGGAAAGAGGAGGUCACAGUUGUCACAAAUAAUGGGAAUAUUUCAGUUCACCGCAAUAAGACUCGGACUGAUUCUGAUGUGGAGGAUCCCCUGGUUGAACUCCUUGUGGACAGACAUUCAGCCUACAUUAAAGAUUCUAGCACAUGAUCGGAUUGACUCGGUUAUCCAUAUCAUAUUUCCUCCGUCUCUCCACAUCUAUGAGCAAUUCAUAAGCAGCUUGAAUCUUAAUGAAACCUUUCCUCAGCAGUUUCACCUUCUUCAAGAGCCCUCUUAUACCGCAAAGUACCAUUUGCAGCUACUACACAAAGGAGCUACUGGAUAAAGGACACAUAGCAUUAGCAUAGAAUUUGAACAAGCGUCUGUACGCAGUCUUAAUCGUUUCUUCAUCAGCAUCCCCUUCUAACUCUGUUGUUUAGAAAUCAAAAUUCCAAAAUAUUUUAUCAAUUAGCAAAUAACCAAAAUAAAAAAGGAAUGGAGCUUUUCUCAUUAAGCUAAUACGCAUAAGGGUAAA